CAGAGUGCUAAGCCUAUCACGACAGAUAUCCAAGGUCAAGGCUCACAGCAGAAUGACGAGAAUGCGCGCAAACGUGCUCGUUAUGGUUCCAUACCUCGUGGUAGCUACAUGAUCAUACGUGAGGAGUCGCCAGUGAACCGAACUCGAUACCCUAUGUCGCCCACGUCUAUGGAUAUGACCGAAAAGUACAAAGCGACUCCUCCCAAGGAUACGAUGGCUGGUAGUGAUAGGAAACCUGGGUCAUCAUCGACGGAUGAGCACCGGUCGCGCAAACGUAAAGCUCCUGAGCUGGACACAGCUGAAUCCCUUUCCGCGGUUCGACCCGGUCAGUCGCGUACGGCUGAGGAGCCUAGGCCUAGCAAGCGUCCUCGCCACUCAUCGCCUACGGUUUUGAAUGAUAUCAACAACGUCUCUGAUCCUCGCCUGGAUGGCGAGGCCAAGGCUCGUGUACAUCCGCGCCAUUCAUGGCCUGUCGCUAUGCAUCCACACGAUCGUCCACAGUAUGACAUCGUCACAUCCGCAAGGAUCGUCAACGUCCAAUACAGCGAGCAUCCGCAUCCUAAGCCUUCGGUGUCUGCUCCGACUGCUGCUAGGGCUCAUGAAUCUUCGGGCGUUUUUGCGCUUGCUGCGAUCGUUGAAGGGAAGUCUCAUGAACAGUUACAGCGUCUAUCGUCUCCCCCUGUUGUGCCAGCUCCCGAUAAAGUCGGAGCGGUGUCUUUUCGCGACGAUGUUGCUCCUCUCGCUUCGACCGUGAAACUGUCGCCUCGAUUUCCUUUGCAUUCGCUCGAAUCUGCCCAGGCUCAUGAAGAACGCGAUCAACACACCCCAGUGAUUGAAGUCGAAUCCAGUGGAAAUGUCCAUCGUUCGCUGCCUCAGGUGUCUUCUCCGGCCACGAUCGAUAAAUGCCUUCGCGACGAGGUUGCUCAACCUUCGGCAGCCGUCAAGGUCAAGACUUCCGAGGAGGUGCAUGGUUCGCCUAUUCCCACUCCCGCUGAAGGCACUAUUGCUGUAUCUUCUAUUGAGGCCCGGGAACAGCCGGAUCAUCUUGCUCUCGUGCCCGAACGUGUCGCCUCGCAAGUUGAAGAAAAGGAACCGACAACCCCUGCAGUCAUUGUAUCUGGGCCUCCUGAACAGUCGCACCGUUCGCUUACAUCUGCUUCCGUUCCCGAAGUUGCUAAAGGUGCCCGUUUUGACUGGUAUGCUCUGCUUGCUGCACCUGAAGAGCCCAAGCGCCGGAAGCGUGCACGCGCCCGUUCACCUCGUAUUCCCGCGGAUGUAUCCUGGCGAACCCUGUGGCAUUUAGCCUCCGAUCUCAGGCCCACCAAGCGGGCACGCCAUCGCUCUCCGUCUCAACCCAUUCAGAUUGUCGCCGCCGCUCCGCAGGAUGCUUCUAAGUCGACUGAGGACAAGACUCCGGAUCUUCCGUGCGUCUCUCCUCUACCCGUCCUCGUGGAAGAAGAAACCAUUGCAUCGGAGGACGAAAUCACUUCUCGACAGCAAGCCGUCACUCACGGAUCCGUGAAGAAUCUGUCAGCGAUUGAGAUUGAAGCCGAGUACGAUGAGGAAUUAAUUGACUUCAAAGUCGAACCGGAAGCGGACGGCAUCGACGGUCAUGCAGAGAUCGCUUACGAGCACGGUACUAGGAAGAUGCCUAUCAAUCAAAUUGAAGGAGACUUCGACUAUUACGAAGAGGACGAAGAAUCUGCAUCGCCUUCAGGCCAGGUGGGUCAAGCUGCUGUCUUCUUUGAUCGCGGACGAACACCGAGUCCGAUGGAGCGCUCUGGCCCGCCGUCAAUGUCACCUGGACGCUUCCGUGCAAUGUCACUGCUGCGGACGCCAUCACCCCCACGGGCUUCCUCGUCUACUCGCACAAGGCAAUUGCCCAAGAACCAUCGUGACUACCGUCCGCCUUCUUUACCGGCCACGCCUCCGCCUCUUGAUUUAGUCUCGCCGACAACCUCAUUGCAACACUCUUGGGAGCCACGACCCGAAACAUCUCAUGUCCGUUCUCGUUCUCGUUCUUCCUCGCCUGUUCACUUCUUCCAGAGGGAGCGAUCAAUGGCAUCCGGCCCUCUCUCACGUCUCCGCCGCUCGGAACGGCUGCGCAAUCGGUCGCAGUCGCUACUGAUGGUACCGUUACAUGCGAGGCGCAAUGUCAUCCUCCCACAGACGCCGCCUCCGUUGCUCUCGCAGACUCCCUCGGACGUAGCUAUCUGCAUUGCUGGUAGCCCAUCGGCACCAAGCAGGUCCCUCCCACAAUCUCGCCCUCUUCCCACUACUAGUGCUUUGGAUCCGGGUUUGCGGUCAAGAAAGCUGCCUUCUAUUCACCUUCCGUCAUGUGAGGCUCACUCGCCGACGCCUAAGCGGCUGAUGUCUCCGGCAGCUGAAUCCGGUUACGCAUCUACUCCUCCCCCUCCGCGACGCGUAUUCCGCACGGAAUUAGGCGAGUUGCGGGCAGAGGAAAUAUUGGAGAACGAGUGGUCCUCCGAGGACGAAAUCGCUGUCGUUCUGUUCCCGCACAAUUUACCGAUCAAGUAUGAGUUCCCUGUCAUUGAACCUUUGAGUCCUGACGACAGAGAUUGGCUUGCAAUGAUGCACGAGCAGCUGAAGUGGGCCGAUGAUUAUGGGAAUCGGUUCCUUGUUGAAUCUCGGGAAACAGUAGAGCUCGCAACUCCUCCGGCCUUCGUAGGCAAGGUUCUGCUCGAUGUGGCUGAGACACGAUUUUGGGGUAUGGCGAAGCGCAUACGCAUUCAUGCAGGCACAAUCUUUGGCUGUUAUCUGUUCGUCAAGAUCAUGAAGCACGAUGCGAUUCGUUUUUGCGAUGUUGAAGAAGAGUUUGAAGACGACCUGCUCUCCCUAUUGUACUGGGACCUCUACAUCAGGCAGUGGGACGAGUUCAAUCAAUGCUUUCGACCCUAUCAUCACAUGCCCAUUGAGCUGCUAUACCCGAAAAAGUCUCAAGCGAAUGUUGAAGAACUACUAGACGAGGAGGGUCACGUCCUCAUUCCUGCCCUACGAGAGUUCUAUGAAGACCAGGAGAAAAAACUGCGUGGAGGUGUGGCGAAGGCACGAGAGUUCAUCCAAGCAGAACGAGAAGCCGAUGCUCGGGCUGAGCAAGAGGCACGGAUAGAGUUCAUUAGGCAGAGAAGAAGAGCUGCUUUCCUCCGUGAGCGUAAGCGGUGGAACAGUCUCAGUACAUUUGUUCCAACAGGUACUUAUUCGACUUGGCCUCUUCCAAAUUGGGGCAAAUGCGCACAUUGGAAGGAUCGACGUCAUAAAAAAGCACGCGAAGCUUCCACGGACAAACAAAAUGCUGCGAGUGAAGAUGAACAACACUGUCAAGCGGUCUUUGACGAGUCCGCCGCUCGGUCGACCAGUGAUGGACCGCUUCUCGAUCAUCUACCUCCAACGCCCACGUCUUCUGGCGGUAAUGCGGCUCUUCACUUGCCUCAAUCGCAUUGUGAUGGCUUCCCUCGGCAGCUGAGUCGCAGUCCCCCUCGUUCUCGGAGCAGGUUGCCACUUGCCUCUCGUCAGCUCAGUCUUAGUCCCCCUCGCUCCCGGGCCGCUUUGUCAAUUGCCUCUCGGCGGUUCAGUCUUAGUCCUCCUCGUUCCCGGAUAACUUUGCAAACUGUUUCACGGCCGCGCAGUCUAAGUCCUCCUCGCUCGCGGGUGCCAUUAUCAGCUCCGAACCAAGAGCGCAGUCUAAGUCCUCCCCGCUCUAGAGUGACAUUGCCAGCUACCGCCCAGCAGCUCAGUCGGAGUCCCCCACGCACGCGGAGACGCCCAUCGGGAACGAUCUGUAGCAUCAACGGUCCGCUUGAAGAUAGUGACUUUUCUGAAGACGAAGAUGAAGACGACGACACGGACGACGAUACGGAAGAAGACGAUCAGCCCGAAGCAAACCUUGCGGAUCCACUCCUUCUUAGCCCUCCUACCGAUGACGAUCCUCGAGUGCUCUGGGCAGAAAUUGUCCUCGGAAUUGUGCGCUGGUCGAGACGUUUUCCCAAUUAUCCGAGGAAGUGCCCGGGAAAGACAGAUGUUCCCUCCAACGAAAAGGCGGAUAUGCCUCUGAAUGUUCAAGCGAACACGCCGGCGACGACGCAUCCAGACAAAGAACACGUGCUGUGUCUGGAUGCGUCGGCGUCGACAACGCUUCAGCAAAGGGAGGGGGGAACUCCGCCCAAGACAUCUAUCGCUGCAGAUGACUCCUCAUCUUUGACUCCUUCUCUCGACCGGGCCUUACAAUCGCUGUCCGCAUUUGCUGGCGAGGAAGGCAUCAUGUCAUUUGCGCUGAGGUUUCCGGGACCGCAUGAAGCGAUCAGCAUACUUGGCAAGAGAAAGAGGGGCUCUGGAGACGCAUUUGAUCUCGUCACGAUUCGAAAAGUUGUGCAACCGCGUCUAUACAAGAGGCGACGCAUUAACGCGCUCCUCACCGAGAUUCUCGGUUCUACUCCGCUCCUUUCUCCCGUGGAGACUAACGAUACCUGUACUCACAAAGCCUUGCUUCCUGUAUCUUCGCCGACUCCGCUCGGUUCCGAAGAUCAGCCUCCUGCGUCAUAUCAUGCUGGUUCGGUCACUGCCGUUGACGCCGCUCUCGACAGUCAAAACGCCUGCUCCAACCAAGGUCAUGCCACAGUUUUGGAUACCCAGCAUGUCGGUACGCCAUUGCCCUCAUUAUCUGAGACGCAGUGCAGCGAAUCAACCUCGGCAAAUCAGCCUGCCCAAGAACAGGGGCAUUUGUCAUUGUUGCAAGAUCGGAGCGUUGACUCGGUUGUCGAUGACACUACUGAGAAGUUCGCUCCACUUGCCCUAGGAACCGAGAUUGUUAUUACGGGGCCGUCUGGUAAAUCGAAGAGACUGAAAGUUGACCGGUACCUUGGUGUUCAACUUGUCCGAGUGGUUCCGCCGCCCGUGUCAUCUGUUGAGCAACACGUCGAGCUCCCUGCAGAGUCAUCAAACCGUGUUCGAUUUGCAGAUGCACCAGUUCCUUCGAAGAGGCACAAAGCAUCAUCGAUCAAUGCUCAGCUCGACAGUCCAGACGCAAACAAAGAACCUCUUGAGGUGUCUGCGUUGAAAAGGAAGCGCAGUGACAAUCCCACCGACAGCAACGCCGACGGCGGACAUCGCCCAUCAAUCAGAAUUCCCUUGUCAAAGAGGCAGCGCACUGACUCCUCUGCACAUGUGGUUGUACCAUCUAGUCCGAAUGGGCGAUCACGGCCUAUUGUGUCAAAGAGGCGGCAGCUCAUUGCUAAGCCAAAUGACACGUUGGUCGCUGCUCGCGGAUUCAGCAAGCCAUUCUUUGCCGUGCAGUCACCUCCAACUAGAUCAAUAUCCAAGCGCUUGCGUCAGGAGUCAGUGAGCGAGCCCGUGGACGUCAUUGCUGCUCAAUCGAGGGUGUUGGCGAGAUUACCCCGGCGAAAGGCCAAGCUCCCAACUCUCGCCGCUGGUCAAUGGAUCUCGCAGCCUCUCAAUCCGAUUGUUAACGCUGAGCGAGACCAAUCAAGGAGGUCGACGAAGCGGAAGAGGCGGGAUCUUGAUGCUGAAUCUCGUUCUGUGACAAAGCCUGCCCAUGUACUGGGGCCGUCUACGUCCAAGAGACAGCGCGUCGACUUCGUCGAUAGUCAUAUUGAACCGAGUCGGUUACCAGGCUGACUUACAUCUGAGGCCCGACCGCCCGCCCUCAGCAUGACUGCAGUCGCAAUCGGCGCACCUGUUAUAGUCCGCGACGGAGGAUCCUCAUUACCGAAUCGACAUUUUGCUGCGCUCGAUUCUUGUCUCACCUCCUCACAGACGCGAGGAGCCGUCGUCCCAUCGCAUUUAUAUA